AUGGCUAAAGACUAUUAUAACAUAUUGGGAAUACCUAGAAAUGCUUCUGACGAUGAAAUUAAAAAGGCAUACAGAAAAUUGGCUAUGAAAUAUCAUCCUGACAAAAAUAAGAGCGCUAACGCCGAGGAAAAGUUUAAAGAAGUAGCUGAAGCUUACGAGGUAUUAUCAGACAAGAAAAAGCGGGAUGUGUAUGAUAAGCAUGGCGAAGAAGGUUUAAAAGGGCACGCAGGGCAAAACUUUUCCGGGGAAAAUUUUACUUAUACCUUUCAUGGGGACCCAAGAGCUACUUUCGCUCAAUUUUUUGGUACCGCUAAUCCUUUCGAAAGGAUGUUCCGGUUUGAAUCAGGAUUUGGAAGCGACUCCGACGAAGAUCCAUUUAAGUCAAUUUUUUUCAAACACAAUGGUGGCAGAUCAAAGUCGGGUUCUCCAAGAAAACAAAACCCGCCAGUGGAACGCGAACUAUUCGUUCCCUUGGAAGACAUAUUUACCGGAUGUGUUAAGCAUAUGAAAAUAACAAGAAAAAGGAUACAAUGCAAUAAUACUAUAAAGGAAGAAUCCACGGUGUUAAGCAUUGUUAUCAAACCCGGUUGGAAGCCUGGAACAAGAAUCACCUACCCACAGGAAGGGGACGAAGAUUUUCACUCAGUUGCAUCAGACAUUAUUUUUAUCAUCAGGGAUAAACCUCAUCCAAUCUUUAAACGCGAGGGAAGCGAUUUGAAGUACACGGCCAAAGUGACUCUUAAACAAUCUUUAUGCGGUUGUGUGGUCACAGUUCCAAUCAUUGACGGUGGAGCCAUGCAGGUGGACUGCACCAAAGAAGUUAUUACGCCAGAGUCAACCAAAGCAAUUUAUGGUUGUGGACUACCAUUUCCCAAAGAACCAUCUACUAGAGGUGAUAUCCUCGUUAACUUUCAAAUUUUGUUUCCUAAGAAACUAAAUCAGUUACAAAAAGAUGAAAUAUGCAGAAUUCUUGUUUAAUGUUUUUUUCAAAUAUAUUUUUAAUACUGUAAGAGUUAAAC